UGCUUGAGGUUAUUGGUCCCAAAAGAGGGUCAACCAAUUAUCAAAUCCAAGGGUUCACUUUUUUCUCCCUGUCCUGUGAAGGGUUUUAUGUUAUUUUCAAUAAGAAUAUGAAAACAUAACUGUUUGUGUGGUGUUAGACUAAAGACUGUUUUUUUAUUCUUUUGAUUUGGAUGAAGAUCAGACUACAUUUGAUAACUAAUUCAUGCAGAAAUGGAAUCAUUUCCAAAGGCUUCAGAUACUUUUUCCUCCCACGGUAUAUAAAUCCGAUGUCAUGGAACAAAUAUUACAAUUUAAGAUGUAAAUGUAGGUCAAUGCUUCUGAUACUGUUUAGGCCCGAAGAGAAGGGCCUGCCGUUCUACAGUAGUACAUAGAGUACAGUACAGUACAGGUAGUAUAAUCUGGGGUUAACGUAUGGGGGUGUAAUUCAUACUCCGGACUACAGAUGUCAGUAAUGUGCAAACCGGGGGCGCUAUUUCAGCGAGAAGGAGCGGGCCGCCACCGGAAGUUUCAACCCACACGGCCACCGCCCCGGCGAAGCGUGACAGACAGGCCCUCAGCCUCUCUCGCUAACAAUGGGUGUUACCGUUGAUGUCGUAAAGCCAGGAGACGGCGUGACGUUUCCGCAGAAAGGCCAGACCGUCACCGUGCACUACGUCGGCAAACUGACAAACGGCACGAAGUUUGACUCCUCCCGGGACCGAGGAAAGCCCUUCAAGUUCAAGAUCGGCAUAGGUGAAGUCAUUCGCGGCUGGGAUGAAGGUGUAGCUCAGGAAUGGGAAGACCAAAAUAAAACCGGUUGGAGCGCAAACGUGUGGACUGGAAUGCACAACAGCGGUCAUAGCAUAAAAGUCCUUCGCUUCCAAAAUGUGAAGUACGGUCUCCGUCUGAUACCCAUCAUGCUGACGGGAAUGGGAACGAAAUAAAUGUUUCUGUUGAGGUCCAGGUUGUAUAAUUAAGACCUACCUACUUUAUUCAUCCUCAAGGGAAAUUCACUCCCUCAUGUUAUGUGAAGCGUCCUCCGUUU